AUGUUCGCAUUACACGCGGCCAUUAGCAUCGGCUUAAGGACGGACGAUGACGACUUACAAUGUGACCGAACACACGACACACACGACACACACGAUACAUACGAUACGGCUCACACCGACUUGAAGCGGGUCGCUGAAGACGGCUGGGUAAUUAGUUGUGACAGAGACAGUCAGAUAGAGAAUACUCCUGGUAGGAGCGGUGAGUGGAUGUUGGUGAAGGAGGUUGUAUGGAGCGAGGUCGGGUCGGCCAAGAUGAUUUAUAGAGGAGACACAGGCCGGGAGGUAGCGGAGGGAUGGUGGCGGUGGAGGCGGGUGGUGGCGGGUGGUGGCGCGACAGGGACCAGAUGA